UGAGCUGUCGCCCAUCGUCUCUGUGGAGGGAAGUUGGGGAGGCUCUUUGGUGGCUUGGGAAACGAUUUGACUCUAAAGUAAACUGGUUUGAAGGCAAAACGCAAAGUGGAAUAUCAGUUUGGGGCUCUAGUGGACGGCAAGUCAACAGCUUCCUUUACUCUAAGGUCGCUGGAAAUACUACAGGAAUCUUAACUGGGGUAGACAACCCCUAAAACUGCAUCAUCAUGGAUGAGAAUGAAGAAUUUGAGGAUGAGUUUGAGGAAGAGGAGCUUAUCGAGGAAGAGUAUUUUGAGGAGACGGUGACUUCGACCACCUCUCACCAGACCACAUCUCGGGCAGCAGAGGUAACUCAACAGCCUGGUGUUCCUGUGAGGAGAGUGGUCAGGAAGAAGGUUAAGGUGGACACCUCCAAGUUCAUGACUCCUUACUUGGCCCACAGCCAGAAGAUGCUGGACUUGUUCUCCUACAACAAGUACCGUCAUGCCUAUGACAAGGCUAAGGGGAAACCCUAUGCCAUCACGGCUGACACCCCUGAGAUGAUGAGGAUCAAGAAGGCUCAGGAGCAGCUGUCUGAGGUGAAAUACCGGAUGGAGGGGAAUAAGGUCAGGUGUACCAGUUUGUAUGAUGGGGAGGCUAGAGAGAUCGCCCAUGUCAAGCAUGUCUCUGAGCUGAUCAGCAAGGUUCUGUACAGGGCCAAGUGGGAUGAGACAAAGGACAGGUACCUGCUGCCCCCUGAUGCCCCGGAGCUUGUCCUGGCUGUGAAGAACGCUGCCAACUACAGCAAGAAACUGUACACGGAGCAAUGGGAUGAGGACAAGACCAUGUGCUAUCCUUACAGCGAUUCUCCGGAGCUGCGCAGGGUGGCCAAGGCACAGGAGGUCCUCAGUGAUAUCCUGUACAAGAAGGGGCAUGCUGAGCGAACGGCAAAGUACACAUCUCUGGCUGUGCCUAAUGAUAUGGAGCUGGCCAAGAAAAAUUUUGAACAGCGCAGUGACCUCAAGUACCAUGAGGACUACAACAAGAACGUCAAGGGCCACUGGUGUGAGACGCCCUACAUUGAGGUGGCUAUUGCCAGGGUAGCUAUGGACAACCUUAGCAAUAAAAUGUACACGGCUGCGUAUGAGGACAUAAAAGACCAAAUCAAUUUUAUGCAAACCGAGACGCCAGAAUACAAACAGCACAAGAAGGCUGGUCACGCUGCUAGCUCGAUCAAAUACAAGAAGGAUUACGAGAACAGCAAAUCGGUAGCUGACUACAACGUUCUCCCAGCCACAGACAACCCUCUGCUCAGGCAGCUGAGAUAUGCUGGCACCAUCUUGAGUGACAAAGUCUACAAGGCCAGCUAUGAGAAAUCAAGGGGGUCAAGUAUCAACUACUGUGACACCCCCAAGUUCAAGAUGGACUCUGUUGUACAACAGUUUAGUGACGCACAUUAUAAAGACAAGUAUGAGAACGAGGUGAAGGGCCACUAUAUUGGCAGCUAUGAGGAUAUCUACAUGCAACACUGCAAGAAAAUGGAGGAGAUCAAGAGUGAACAAAACUACAAAGCUGAUUAUGAGGACAUCAAGACAAGAUGUUUCUAUCCUCAAACCAUGUCGCCAGAAUAUGAAGCUCAUAAGAAAGUUGCCCAGUGUAAAGAUAAAGUGUACCGGCAACAUCCGGGUACGGUGAAGUUUACGCAAGUGACAGACUCGCCUGUUCAAGUGCAAGCCGCCAUCAACGCUAAACAGCUGAGUGAUCUCAACUAUCACGCAGCAUAUGAGUUGGAUAAGUUUAAGUGUGCCCUGCCCCCAGACUACCCCUUAUUCAUCCAGUCCAGAGCCAAUGCAUAUAACCUUAGUGAUAGUUGUUAUAGGUAUGAUUGGGAGAAAGUGAAAGCCAAGCAGUUCGAGGUCAAGGGUGAUGCUAUCUCGAUCCUUGCAGCCCGUGCCCACACAAACAUAGCGAGUGAUGUCAAAUACAAGAAGGAAUUUGAGAAGAACAAGGGAAAGAUGGUGGGAGCCCUCAGCAUACAUGACGACCCCAAGAUUAUGCACUCCAUGCACGUGGCCAAAAUCCAGAGUGAUCGCGAGUACAAGAAGAACUAUGAGAAGACAAAAACCAAGUACAUCACCACGCUGGACAUGAUGUCUAACACCCUGGCCAAGAAGUCCCAGGGUAUCGCCAGCAUGGCCGGCUACAGAACCAUCCACAACCGCUACCUCCUGCCUCAUGACGCCAUGUCGCUGGACCUGGCCAAGAAGGCCAACAUCAUCCAGAGUGACAAUGAAUACCGUUCAGACUACAACAACUCCACCAAGGGCUCUGGUUGGGUCGCCUUCGGCUCCAUGGAAGUGGAGAAGGCCAAGAAAGCUGGAGAUAUCCUCAAUGAGAGAAAGUACCGUCAGCACCCAGACACUGUCCCCUUCACCUCCAUCGCUGAUCACCCCGUCAUGAUGCAGGCCCAGGUCAACCAGAUUAUGAGGAGUGAUCUUCACUACAAGAAGGGUCUUGAGGAGAUCCACCAGAAGUACUCUCUGCCCCAUAAUGACCCCCAGUUCCUUCAGGCCAAAUGCAACGCCUACAACAUCAGCAAGAUUCAGUACAAGAAAGACUAUGUGAAGGGAAAGGGCAAACAAAUCGGCCUGCGCAAUCUUCAGGAUGACCCCUGUGCUGGUGCACACAUGGAUGUGGCCAGGUUGCAGAGUGACAAGAACUACAAGAAGGACUACCACAAGUCAAAGCUGAAGUUCCACUCUCCAGUUGACAUGAUGAGUGUUGUACAUGCCAAGCACGCCUCCACAGUGCAGACCUUUGCUGGCUACAGGAAGAUCCAGCACCACUACAGUCUUCUGCCUGGGUCCAUGAAUCUUGAGCUGGCUCGCACCAUGAAUACCAAUGCCAGUGAUGUGAACUACAAAGCGGAUUGGGAGAACUCUGUGAAGGGAACUGGCUGGAUCCCCAUCGGCUCCAUUCCUGUGGAGCUAGCCAAGCAGGCCGGGGCUGUUCUGGAUGAGCACAAGUACAGGCAGCACCCUGAAAACUUUAAAUUCACCAGCAAGAUGGACGGCAUGAAUAUGGAGCUGUGCAAGCAUAACCAAAAGAUCAUGAAUGUUCAAGAAUAUAAAGCCAGUGGAGAGAAGUUCCUGCACACUUACAAUCUCCCUGCAGAUGCACCAGAGUUUAUGCAAGCCAAAUACAAUGCUGUCAACAUCAGCAAGAACUAUUACACAUAUGCUCACCGUCAAGACAUUCUCAAAGGACAUCAGGUGAAGGCAGAUGCCAUCCCCAUCAUCGCUGCCAGGGCCUGCACUAAUAUUGCCAGCAAUUACAAGUAUAAGCUGGCGUACGAGAAGGGAAGAGGCAAGCAUGUUGGCUUCCGCAAUGUUAAGGACGACCCCUUGCUGGUGCACUACAUGGAGGUGGCUAAAAUGCAGAGUGAGCAGAACUACAAGAAAGACUACCACAAGUCAAAGCUGAAGUUCCACUCUCCAGUUGACAUGAUGAGUCUUGUGCAUGCUAAGCACGCCUCCGCAGCGCAGACCUUUGCUGGCUACAGGAAGAGCCUUCACAACUACACUCUUCUCCCUGAGGCUAUGCCUGUUCAGCUGGCUCGCACCAUGAUGGAUAUCCAGAGCAACAACGCCUACAAGUCCGACUACAACAACAUGUACAAGGGUACUGGCUGGGUUCCUAUUGGCUCUAUGCAGGUGGAGUUGGCUAAGACAGCCAUGGCAGCCCGAGAUGAGCAAGGCUACCGUGUGCACCCCAGCACCCUGAAGUUCACCAGUCUGACUGGCCAGAUGAACAUGGCCCUUGCCAUGACCAACACCAAGCUACUUGAUGAUGCUUCAUACAGAGCAUCUGGCGAGAAGUUCAAGCACACCUACAACCUGCCUGCAGACAGCCCCCAGUUCCUCCAGGCCAAGUGCAAUGCUCAGACCAUGAGCGAGUCUCACUACAAGCACAAGUGGGUGGAAGAUAUUGCCAAAGGAUACGACAUGAGACCAGAUGCUAUCUCUGUCAUCCAUGCUAAGCACGGCAGACAUAUUGCCAGUGAUAUCCAGUACAAGAAAGACUAUGUGAAGGGAAAGGGCAAACAAAUCGGCUGCCGCAAUCUUCAGGAUGACCCCUUGCUGGUGCACUACAUGGAUGUGGCCAGGUUGCAGAGUGACAAGAACUACAAGAAGGACUACCACAAGUCAAAGCUGAAGUUCCACUCUCCAGUUGACAUGAUGAGUCUUGAACAUGCUAAGCACGCCUCCACAGUGCAGACCUUUGCUGGCUACAGGAAGAUCCAGCACCACUACACUCUUACCGCUGACUCCAUGAACCUUGUGUUGGCUCGCACCAUGAAUGCCAGUUCCAGUGACUAUGAGUACAAGUCUGACUGGAACAACUAUGUGAAAGGAACGGGAUGGAUUCCUAUUGGCUCAUUGCCGGUGGAACUUGCAAAGGUUGGCGGGGACAUCCAGAGUGAACAUAAGUACCGUACACACCCCUCUAAAUUCCAGUUCAAGAAGCUGAUGGACUCUAUGGACAUUGUCCUGGCCACUGACAACAACAAGAUCAUGAACAAGCAAGAAUACACCAAACAAUGGCACAAGGACAAGCUCACAGUCCAUGUGAUGCCAGAUGCCCCUGAGAUUGUCCUGGCCAAGGCUAAUGCUAUCAACAUGAGUCAGAAAACCUACAAAGCAGGCCUGGCGAAGAUGUAUAAGAAUGGUUACGACUUGAAGGUUGAUGCCAUAGCCAUUCAGGCUGCCAAGCAGGGCACCAAAAUCGCCAGUGACUACAAGUACAAGCUGAGUCACCGAAUGAAUAGGGGAAAACAAAUCGGCUGCCGCAAUCUUCAGGACGACCCCUUACUGGUGCACUACAUGGAGGUGGCCAGGUUGCAGAGUGACAAGAACUACAAGAAGGACUACCACAAGUCAAAGCUGAAGUUCCACUCUCCAGUUGACAUGAUGAGUGUUGUACAUGCCGAAGCAUGCCUCCACAGUGCAGACCUUUGCUGGCUACAGGAAGAUCCAGCACCACUACACUGUGCUGCUGAUGCCAUGAACGUGGAGUUGGUAAGCAGAUGCAGACGAUCGCCAGUGAUAAUUUUGUACAAAAGUGACUAUGAGACAAGCGUCAAAGGCACAGGAUGGAUUCCCAUUGGUUCUCUGGAUGUAGAGAGAGCCAAAACAGCUGGCCUGAUUGGCAGUGAGCAACUGUACCGCCAACACCCCAGCAGCUUUAAGUUUACCAAGGACAUGCACUCCAUGGACGUCGUCCUGGCCAAUGCUAACAAUGCAAUCAUGAACAAGUAUAUCUGUCUUAUAGCAAACGACGUUGACGCCUGGAAUAAGGAUAAGACCUCUGUCCACAUCAUGCCAGACUCAAUGGAGGUGGUGUUGGCCAGACCAACAAGAUCAACUCCAACACUAUAUAAGCUUGCCAAUGAACAGGACAAGAAGAAGGGUUAUGACCUGCGCAACGAUGCUAUUGCAAUCCUGGCAGCCAAACAGGGCACAUCCAUUGCUAGCGAUUUCAAAUACAGGGCUGGCUACCGUAAGCAGGUUGGCCACCACAUUGGAGCCCGCUGUGUCGAGGAAGACCCUCUGCUCAUGCUGGCUAUUAACUCAGCCAAGAUUGCCAGUGAUGCUCUGUACAAGAAGGACUUCCAUCAGUCCAAGACCAAGUUCCAUCUCCCAUUGGACAUGAUGGCCUUUGAGUUGGCCAAGAAGAACCAGAUCCAGGUCAACCAUGCCAAAAAUGCUCGACUGCACAACUGGACCUGUCUGCCAGACUCCACUGAUGUUGUCCAUGCCAGACAUGUCUAUGACAUAGCGAGUGAUGCUGUGUAUAAGGCUGAUCUAAAGAGCCUGCAAGGUAUCGGAUGGGUUCCCAUCGGCUCACUUGAUGUUGAGAAGGCAAAGAAAGCCGCCGAGGUCCUGAGUGAGAAGCUGUAUCGUCAGCACCCAAGCAACUUCAAGUUCACCAGCUCAGUUCAAGACAUUGGAAUGGUUUUGGCUAAACAAAAUAAUGAUAAUGCCAACAAGCAAGCUUACACUGAGGCGUGGGAGAAGGACAAAACCAAUACAGGAAAAGCAAUGGUAGAGGAUAAGAAGAAGGGCUAUGAUUUGCGCAAUGAUGCCAUUGCUGUCACGCAGCCAAGCACGGCAGAGGACAUUACACACAAGUACAAGACUGGCUACCGUAAGCAGGUUGGCCACCACAUUGGAGCCCGCUGUGUCGAGGAAGACCCUCUGCUCAUGCUGGCUAUUAACUCAGCCAAGAUUGCCAGUGAUGCUCUGUACAAAGACUUCCAUCAGUCCAAGACCAAGUUCCAUCUUCCAUUGGACAUGAUGGCCUUUGAGUUGGCCAAGAAGAACCAGAUCCAGGUCAACCAUGCCAAAUAUGUAACUCGACUGCACAACUGGACCUGUCUGCCAGACUCCACUGAUGUUGUCCAUGCCAGACCUGUCUAUGACAUAGCGAGUGAUGCUGUGUAUAAGGCUGAUCUAAAGAGCCUGCAAGGUAUCGGAUGGUUCCCAUCGGCUCACUUGAUUGAGAAGGCAAAGAAAGCCGCCGAGGUCCUGAGUGAGAAGCUGUAUCGUCAGCACCCAAGCAACUUCAAGUUCACCAGCUCAGUUCAAGACAUUGAAUGCAAGCUUACACUGAGGCGUGGGAGAAGGACAAGACCAAGAACCACAUAUGCCAGAUGCGAUGGAACUGUUUUGGCCAAUGCGAACAAGUCCAACUACAGUUGGAACCAAUACAGGAAAGCAAUGGUAGAGGAUAAGAAGAAGGGCUAUGAUUUUCGCAAUGAUGCCAUGUCUGUCAUCGCAGCCAAGCACGGCAGGGAAAUUAUCAGUGAUCACAAGUACAAGACUGGCUACCGUAAGCGUGGCCACCACAUUGGAGCCCGCUGUGUCGAGGAAGACCCUCUGCUCAUGCUGGCUAUUAACUCAGCCAAGAUUGCCAGUGAUGCUCUGUACAAGAAGGACUUCCAUCUCCAACACAAGUUCCAUCUCCCAUUGGACAUGAUGGCCUUUGAGUUGGCCAAGAAGAACCAGAUCCAGGUCAACCAUGCCAAAUAUGUAACUCGACUGCACAACCGGACCUGUCUGCCAGACUCCACUGAUGUUGUCCAUGCCAGACAUGUCUAUGACAUAGCGAGUGAUGCUGUGUAUAAGGCUGAUCUAAAGAGCCUGCAAGGUAUCGGAUGGGUUCCCAUCGGCUCGCUUGAUGUUGAGAAGGCAAAGAAAGCCGCCGAGGUCCUGAGUGAGAAGCUGUAUCGUCAGCACCCAAGCAACUUCAAGUUCACCAGCUCAGUUCAAGACAUUGGAAUGGUUUUGGCUAAACAAAAUAAUGAUAAUGCCAACAAGCAAGCUUACACUGAGGCGUAGAAGGACAAGACCAAGAACCACAUUAUGCCAGAUGCGAUGGACAUUGUUUUGGCCAAUGCAAACAAGUCCAACUACAGUUGGGAAGACCCUCUUCUCAUGCUGGCUAUUAACUCAGCCAAGAUUGCCGAUGAUGUUCUGUACAAGAAGGACUUCCAUCAGUCCAAGACCAAGUUCCAUCUCCCAGUGGACAUGAUGGCCUUUGAGUUGGCCAAGAAGAACCAGAUCCAGGUCAACCAUGCCAAAUGUAACCGACUGCACAACUGGACCUGUCUGCCAGACUCCACUGAUGUUGUCCAUGCCAGACAUGUCUAUGACAUAGCGAGUGAUGCUGUGUAUAAGGCUGAUCUAAAGAGCCUGCGUAUCGGAUGGGUUCCCAUCGGCUCACUUGAUGUUGAGAAGGCAAAGAAAGCCGCCGAGGUCCUGAGUGAGAAGCUGUAUCGUCAGCACCCAAGCAACUUCAAGUUCACCAGCUCAGUUCAAGACAUUGGAAUGGUUUUGGCUAAACAAAAUAAUGAUAAUGCCAACAAGCAAGCUUACACUGAGGCGUGGGAGAAGGACAAGACCAAGAACCACAUUAUGCCAGAUGCGAUGGACAUUGUUUUGGCCAAUGCAAACAAGUCCAACUACAGUUGGAACCAAUACAGGAAAGCAAUGGGAGAGGAUAAGAAGAAGGGCUAUGAUUUGCGCAAUGAUGCCAUUGCUGUCAUCGCAGCCAAGCACGGCAGGGAAAUUAUCAGUGAUCACAAGUACAAGUCUGGCUACCGCAAGCAAAUUGGCCACCACAUUGGAGCCCGCUGCGUCGAGGAUGACCCUCUGCUCCGUGCUGGCUCUGAACAGGCCAGUGAUGCUCUGUACAAGAAGGACUUCCAUCAGUCCAAGACCAAGUUCCAUCUUCCAUUGGACAUGAUGGCCUUUGAGUUGGCCAAGAAGAACCAGAUCCAGGUCAACCAUGCCAAAUAUGUAACUCGACUGCACAACUGGACCUGUCUGCCAGACUCCAGUGAUGUCGUUCAUGCCAGACAUGUCUAUGACAUAGCAAGUGAGGCGGUGUACAGGGCUGACAUGAAGUGGCUCAGGGGAAUUGGAUGGGUCCCCACUGGCUCACUUGAUGUGGAAAAAGCCAAGAAGGCCGGCGAGAUCUUGAGUGAGAAGAAAUACCGCCAGCACCCCAGCACUCUGGACUUCAAAAGCCCCCUCGACAGCAUGGAUAUCGUUCUGGCCAAAAAUAACGGCCAGAUCAUGAACAAGCGGCAGUAUGUUGAACAAUGGGAUGCAGAUAAGAUUAAAAUCCACGUCGGCAAUGAGCUUCCAGAACUUGUGCUGGCCAAGGCCAAUGCGAUCACCAUGAGCAAUAAACUGUACAAACAAGGAUUUGAUGAAACCAUCAAGAAGGGUUAUUACCUUCCUGUCGAUGCUAUCUCUGUCAAGGCUGCCAAGCAUGGUAGAGAGAUUAUCAGCGAUUACAAGUACAAGGCUGGCUACAGCAAGCAGGUUGGCCACCACAUUGGAGCCCGCUGUGUCGAGGAAGACCCUCUGCUCAUGCUGGCUAUUAACUCAGCCAAGAUUGCCAGUGAUGUUCUGUACAAGAAGGACUUCCAUCAGUCCAAGACCAAGUUCCAUCUCCCAUUGGACAUGAUGGCCUUUGAGUUGUGCAAGAAGAACCAGAUCCAAGUCAACGACUUCAACUACAGAACUCACCUGCACAACUGGACCUGUCUGCCAGACUCCACUGAUGUCGUCCACGCAAGGAAAGUCUACGAUCUGCACAGUGAGGCUGUCUACCGUGCUGACAUGGAGUACAUUAGAGGUACUGGCUGGGUCCCCAUUGGCUCUCUGGAUGUGUUGAAAGCUAAGAAAGCUGCAGAGAUUCUGAGCGAUCGCCUCUACAAGCAGAAACCAGAUUCUCUUAAAUACACCACCGACAUGCACUCCAUGCCUAUGGUGCUGGCCAAGGCUAAUGCUGAGAUCAUAAACAAGGGCAACUAUGUUGCACAAUGGGAUGCUGAUAAGAUCAAAAUCCACGUCGGCAAUGAGCUUCCAGAACUUGUGCUGGCCAAGGCCAAUGCGAUCAACAAUAGCAACAAACUCUACAAAGCUGAAUUAGAGGAGUUGUACAAGAAGGGCUAUAACCUGAAAAGCGAUUGCAUCGCCAUCAAAGCUGCCAAGCAUGGUAGAGAGAUCAUAAGUGACGUCAAGUACAAGGCUGGCUACAGUGAGCAGGUUGGCCACCACAUUGGAGCCCGCUGCGUCGAGGAAGACCCUCUGAUCAUGCUGGCUCUGAACUCAGCCAAGAUUGCCAGUGAUGCUCUGUACAAGAAGGACUUCCAUCAGUCCAAGACCAAGUUCCACCUCCCAGUGGACAUGCUGACCAUUGAAUUGGCCAAGAAAUGCCAGACGCAGGUCAAUGACUUCAACUACAGAACUCGCCUGCACAACUGGACCUGUCUGCCAGACUCCAGUGAUGUCGUCCAGGCCAGGAAGGUCUACGCUUUGCAUAGUGACGCUGUGUACAGGGCUGAUUUGGAAUGGCUCAGAGGCACUGGCUGGGUCCCUAUUGGCUCGAUCGACGUUGAGAAAGCCAAGAAGGCCGCCGAGAUCCUGAGCGAGAGGAAAUAUCGCGAGCACCCAAGCAAUUUCAAAUUUACCGCCACAACCGACGACAUGCCUUAUGCUUUGGCUACGGCCAAUGCCCAGAUAAUGGACAAGCGCCAGUACGUUCAACAGUGGGAGGCUGAUAAGGUCCAAAUCCACGUCGGCAAUGAGCUUCCAGAACUUGUGCUGGCCAAGGCCAACGCAAUCACCCUAAGCAACAAACUCUACCGUGAGGGAUUUAACGAGAUGAUCGGACAGGGAUAUCACCUGGAUAAGGAUGCCAUUGCUGUCCAACAUGCCAAGAAGAGCAGAGAGAUCAUCAGUGAUUACAAGUACAAGGCCGGCUUCCGCAAUCAGUGUGGCCACCAUAUUGGAGCCCAAUGCGUUGAGGAUGACCCUCUGCUUGUGCUGGCCGCCAAUGCAGCCAGGAUCUCCAGUGAUAUUAACUACAAGAAGAACUUCCACCUUACCAAGACCAAGUUCAGCAUUCCACUUGACAUGAUGUCCGUCGACUUGGCCAAGAAAAGCCAGUUCCAGAUCCAAGAAUUCACCUACAGAACUAAACUGCACAACUGGACCUGCAUGCCAGACAACACUGAUGUUGUCCGCGCCAGGAAGGUCUACUCUCUGCAAAGUGACGCGGUGUACAGGGCUGAUCUGGAGUGGCUCAGAGGGUGUGGCUGGUUGCCCCAGGGUUCUGUGGAUGUCAUCAAGGCAAAAAAUGCCCAAACUAUUCUCAACGAAAGGCUGUACCGCCAGCCCCCCAGCUCUAUCAAGUUCACCAGUGUUGUUGACUCUCCAGAGGUUGUCCUGUCGAAGCAGAACGCUGAGAUCCUCAGUGAUAGGAAAUAUAGAGAGGUUUGGGAUACUGAGAAGACCAAUAUCCACCUGAACAAUGAUCUACCUUCUCUGGUGCUGUCCAAGGCUAAUGCUAUCGCCAUCAGCAACAAACUAUACACUAAGGAUUGGGAUGCCGACAAGGCUAAGGGAUACCACAUCAAGGAGGACGCCAUCGCUGUGCUGAAGGCCAGAAAAUCUAGAGACAUCAUCAGCGACUACAAAUACCACGAGGGCUACCGUAAGCAGGUUGGCCACCACAURGGAGCCCGCUGUGUCGAGGAAGACCCUCUGAUCAUGCUGGCUCUGAACUCAGCCAAGAUUGCCAGUGAUGCUCUGUACAAGAAGGACUUCAACAAGUCCAAGACCAAGUUCCACCUCCCAGUGGACAUGCUGACCAUUGAACUGGCCAAGAAAUGCCAGGUCCAGGUUAACGACUUCAACUACAGAACUCACCUGCACAACUGGACCUGUCUGCCAGACUCCACUGAUGUCGUCCAGGCCAGGAAAACCUAUGAUCUGCAGAGCGAUGCUGUGUACAAGGCUGAUCUGGAGUGGCUGAGGGGAUGUGGUUGGAACCCCCAUGAGUCUGUGGAGGUCUUGAAAGUGAAACACGCCCAAGCAGUCCUGGCUGAUAGAGGCUACCGUGUCAAAUUGGAUCAGCAGAAGUUCACAGCUCCUGUGGACAGAAUCGACAUGGUUUGCGCCAAGAACGCUGCAGAUAUCCUCAAUGAGGCUAAUUACCGUGCACUGUGGCACACAGAGAAGACUAAGUACACGAUCACAGACACCCCAGGACUGGCAACAGCAAGAGAAGUGGCCAAGAAUCUCCAUCCGAAACUAUACACCAAGGACUGGGAUAAGGUCAAAGCUACCGGCUUUUUCAUGCCCGGAGAUGCUGUUCCCAUCAAGCAGUGCAUCCACAACAAUAAAGUCCAGAGUGACCACAAAUACAAGGCAGAAUAUCGCAAGCAGGCUGGCCACCACAUUGGAGCCCGCUGCGUCGAGGAUGACCCUCUGCUCAUGCUGGCUCUGAACUCAGCCAAGAUUGCCAGUGAUGCUCUGUAUAAGAAGGACUUCAACAAGUCCAAGACCAAGUUCCAUCUGCCAGUGGACAUGUUGUCCUUUGAGCUGGCCAAAAAAUGCCAGGUCCAGGUCAAUGACAACCACUACAGGACCCGUCUACAUAACUGGACCUGUCUGCCAGACUCCACUGAUGUCACACAGGCCCGCAAAGCCUACGACCUUCAGAGUGACGUUGUCUACAAGGCUGAUAUGGAAUGGCUCCGUGGAUGUGGAUGGGUUGCUGCCGAUUGUGUCGAUCACGUCAAAGUCAGAAAUGCCCAGAAGAUCAUGAACGAGAGGCUUUACAAGAAGGAUGCCAAAGACAACUUUGCCAAAUACACACACAUCGUGGAUCGUCCUGAGCAUAUCCUGGCCACCAUCAAUGCUUUUAACCUCAGUGAUCUGAAAUACAAGGAGACCUUCAACGCGGAGAAGGGCAAYUACAUCGGCUCAGAGGACACACCCCAGCUGGCCCAUAGCAGAGAGGUCGCCAAGGUCAUCAGUGAGAAAUACUACAAACUGGCCUGGGAUGAAAGCAAAGCUACUGGUUACCAGCUGGACGCUCAUUACAUCCCUGUAGUCGGAGCCAAGAAGACCAGGGAGAUUGUCAGCGACGCUAAGUACCAUGACACCCAUGAGAAGGCCAAGGGCCACUACCUGGCUGACACCCUGGUGGACUUCCCUGAGGUGAUGCGCUGUGGAGAACAGGAGAAACAGAAGGGCCUGAGGAAUUACCAGAAGGAGUAUAAUACCAACAAGGCCAAGAACCACAUCCCCGCUGACAUCAUUCCCAACAUCGUGGCUAAGAGGUGCCAGGACAUGCUCAGUGACGUGCUGUAUCGCACCUUACUGCACAACUGGACCUGCCACCCCGACCAGCAGGACCUUAUCAGAGCCCGCAAGAACAAUGAGAUCCUGAGUGAUGUGUACUACAAAGAAGACCUGAACUGGAUAAAGGGUAUUGGUUGCUAUGUUUGGGACACACCUGAGCUUGUCCGUGCCAAGAAUGCCCACCUGCUGCAGAGCGAUAUCAAAUAUAAGGAGGAGGGUAAGAAGGAAUUCAACAACUACUCCAUCGUGACAGACACCCCUGUCUACGUGACUGCUCUCCUGGGUCACACCUGGGCCAGUGAUCUGAACUAUAGGGAGGCUUACCAGAAAGACAAGCAUAUCUAUACCACCAUUCUGGAUACCUACGACUACGCACACAAUGCCAACCUCAAGCACAUCUACAGCACCAAAACAUAUACAUCUGCCUGGGACAAGAUCAAGGCUAAGGAUUACACGCUGCCAUCAGACUCCCACGCCCUGAAACACGCCAAACAACAGAAGGUCAUCCUCAGCAAUGUUAAAUACAGGGAGGAUUAUGAGAAGUUCAAGUCCCUCUACACCCUGCCCAAGUCCCUGGAGGACGACCCACAAACUCUCCGCUGCCUCAAAGCUGGAAAGAUGGGUCUUGACCGCUUGUACAAGGCGGACUAUGAGAAGACCAAGGCAAAGAACCACAUCCCCCCAGAUAUGCUAGAUGUCGUUUCAGCCCGUCAAACCCAGAACCAUGUCAGUGAGAUCGGUUACAGGAAGCACCUGCACCAGUGGAUCUGUAUGCCUGACAUGCAGGUGUACGUCCAGGCACGCAAGGUCAACGAGCAGCUCAGCGACAUCUUCUACAAGGAUGACCUGAACUGGCUGAGGGGAAUUGGCUGCUAUGCCUGGGACACCCCUGAGAUCCUGCGAGUCAAGGCUGCUGACAAACUGCAGAGCGAUAACAAGUACAGAGCCAAGGGCAUUGAGGCGUUCAAGGAUUACUCUGUGGUCAUCGACACUCCUACCUAUGAGACAGCAAAACUGAGUUCUCAGAACCUGAGCGAUCUCCACUACCGUCACGACUACGCCACCAAUGUCAAGGGAACUAACUCCUCCCCCGCUGUCACCGUGGAUACAGAGAGGGCACGCCUGGCCAACUUCAACCAGAGUGAUAACUUGUACAAAGAGGCCAACAAGAACUUCAUGCCCACUGGCUACUCUCUUCCCCACGACAAUCCUCUCAUGAAGCAGGCGAAACAAAAUUCCAUUGUUGCCAGCAGCGUGAAGUACAAGAAUGACUAUGAAAAGUCAAAGGCUACGAACUAUACCAUGGACCCAGAAGGUGUCAGCUUCGUCAACAUCAGGAACGCCAACAAGGUCACCAACCCGCGUCUGUACCGUGAGCUGUAUGAGAAGGGCAAGGGCAAGAUCCACACCACCUACGACACACCCGAAAUCAGACAGGUCAAGAUGACCCAGGAGGCCGUCAGCGACUUGUGUUACAAGGGGAAGUACUUUGCUGACAGAGGCACCAUGAUCCCCAUGGGCAUCACUCCCCAGAUGAUACACUGUAACCACGUCAACGAGAUCACCAGUGACCUGAGAUACAAGGAGGACCUUCUGUGGCUGAGAGGCAUUGGCUGCUUCCUGUAUGACACACCUGAGAUGUCUACUGUCCGCAACAUUACCAAGUUUAGAGCCAACUAUGAAGUUGAGGCAAAGAAGAACCGUGCCAACUUCACUGUGGUCCUGGACACACCAGAGUACCAGCGCGUCACUGAGCUAAAGACCCACAUGAGCGACCUGAUGUACAGAGCCCAGGGCAAUGUGGAGAAGACCAAGUGCACCACCACCCUGGACUCCCUCGAUGUCAAGAGAGUCAAAUGGGCCCAACAGCUCAGCAACAAGUAUAUGUACACUGACCUGGCCUCCAAGGAGAGGGCCCACUUCACUCCGGAGGUGGACACCCCCAUAAUGGACCACGCCAGGGCUAUGAAGGUGGUCUUCAGCGAGAUCAAAUACAAAGAUCAGUAUGAGAAGAUGAAGCACAAGUACACUAGCAUCCAUGACACACCCAUCCUGGUCCGGGCCAAGAAGGCCUACCUACAAUCCAGUGAUCUGCGCUACAAGGAGAGCUUUGAGCAGGCCAAGGGUCACUACCACAGCGUCAAGGAUGCCCUGGACAUCGUGUGUCACCGCAGGGUCACCGAUGACAUCAGCGAGGUCAAAUACAGAGAGAAGUACAUCAACUCUCUGGGUACAUGGAGAUCCAUGCCCGACCGUCCCGAGUUUUUCCACAGCAGAAUCAUCGGUGAAAACGUCAGCGAUAUCAAGUACAAGGAGGAUCUGGAAUGGCUGAAGGGUAUUGGCUGCUACGUGUGGGACAGACCUGAGAUGGUCCAGGCUGAGAAGAACAAGGUCCUCUUCAGUGAGAGACUCUAUAAAGCGACUUUCGAGAAGAACAGACACCACUUCAAGUAUACCUGUGACACUCCAUUCUUCCAGGCCACCAAGAAUGCCUCCGUUAUUAUCAACGAUAGGCACUAUAGAGCAGCCUAUGAGAAGACCAAGGAUAAGUACACCAGUGUGUUGGAUGAUCCUAGAAACCUCCUGGCUAAGGAGAACGCCAAGAAUAGCCAGAACAAAUAUAGAUCCAGGGCCAGGGUGCUCUUAAAGAACGGCUGCAAUGAGCUGCUCCGCCCAGACAUCCUCAGCGCCAUUUACCAGUCCAGCGAGCAGUGUAAGUGGAAGUACAGGGAGCAGUAUGAGCGUGCUAAGGGCAAGUUCACCUCCAUCCUGGAGACUCCCGAGCAUGAGAGCCACAAACGCAGCAAAGCCAUCAGAGACAAUGUCUACAAGAUGGAGUAUAACAAGAACAAGGCUAAGGGCUACACCCUGGGCCAUGACACUCCACACAGCACACACAUGAAGAAGGUCAAGGAGAUCACCAGCGUGCUGAAGUACAAGGAGGUAUAUGAGAGGAGCAAGGCCCAGAUCAACAUGGACCCUAAUUCCUUUGAAAUCCGCGCUGCCAAGGAAGCCUACAAGAACAUCAGCAAUCUGGACUACAGGAAGAAGUACCAGGCCACCAAGAACAAGUGGAUCUGGACCGUCGACAGACCUGACUUUAUCCAAGCUGCCAAGGCCAACUUCCAGCAGAGUGAUAUUGAGUACACGUAUGACAAGGAGAUGAUGAAGGGCUGUGUGAUCUCCAUCGUGGACGACAAGUUAGCCGUCCUGGCUAAGAUGAAUGCUGACUUAAGCAAUGUGAAAUACAGAGAGAAGUAUGAGAAGGCAAAGGGUCAGUAUAAGACUGUUCUGGACACUCCUACUAACCUUCAUGCCAAGUCAGUGCGCAUUCUGGCAUCUGAGAGCAAAUACAAGCUGGCUGGCAAGAUGGAGCAGCAGACCGGACAAUUCACCACUCUGCCCACGACCCGUGACACCAUCCACGCCAAGGACAUGGGCAAACUGGUCAGCGAGAAACAGUACAAGCAGAAGUUUGAGAAGGAGAAGGGCAAGUCCAAGUACAAUAACAUGAGAGUGCCUCCCGAUGUGCAGCACGCCAUGGACGUAGCCAAGAAUCAGAGCAAUUUUGCCUACAGGCAGGAGGCUAAGGCCAAGCUCAACUACACCUCUGUGGCUAUGAGCCCAGACAUCAUGAGGGCUACACAGGCCUCCAAGCUCGCCAGCAAUAUUGGCUACCGUGAGAAGGCUCGCCAGGAGGCUGCCCAUGGAGGUUCCCUGGUCCACCGUCCAGACAUCGCUCUGGCCACUGCGGUGUCCAAGCUUAACAGCCAGGUGCAGUACAAGGCCAAGUAUGACAAGGAGAAGGGACUCAGGCCAAAGUAUGACAUGAAGGAAAGUGUUGUUUACAAGACUCAGAAGGAUGCACACCAGCUGGCUAGUGAGGUGAAGUACAAGGGCGACCUGAAGAAGCUGCACAAACCUGUAACCGACAUGGCAGAGUCUCUGUCCAUGCAGCACAACCUGAGCACCAGCAAGCUGUCCAGUGACUACCAGUACAAGAAGAAACAUGAGGACAGUAAGGGUCACUACCUCAUGAUUGCUGACUCACCAGAACAGCUUCAUCACAAGGAGGCUUCAGAACUACAGAGUCACGUGAAGUACAAGGAGAAGUAUGAGAAGGCUAAAGGAAAGGCCAUGCUGGACUUCGAGACCCCCACCUAUGUGACGGCUAAGGAAGCCCAGCACAUGCAAAGCGCGAAAGACUAUCAUAAGGAAUAUGAGGAGUCCAUAAAGGGAAAGAACCUCUCAGGCUUGGAGUUCACCCCUGCCAUGUUACAUGUCAGACAUGCCACCAAAAUAGCCAGCGAGAGAGAUUACAGGAGGGAUCUAGAGGAGGGGGUGAAGGGUAAAGGGCUAACUGUUUUUGAGGAAACUCCUGAGCUUUUGAGAGCAAGGAACGCCACUGCUAUCCUGAGUCAGAAAGAGUACAAGAAGACAUUGGAGACAGAGAUCAAGGGCAAGGGAAUGUUGGCAUUGGCUACAGACACGCCAGACUUCAUGAGGGCUAGGAAUGCUACAGACAUCCUCAGCCAGCAAAAGUACAAGCAGACUGCUGAGGCGGACAGGGCUAGCUACACUAGUGUUAUCGACACCCCUGACAUCCUCCACGCACAGAAUAUCAGGAACAUGGUCAGCCAGAAAAAGUACAGGGAGGAGGCUGAGAAGUGCAUGUCUCACUAUGUGCCCGUCCUGGACACCCCUGAGAUGAUGAGAGUCCGUGAGAAUCAGAAGAACUUCAGCACUCUUCAGUACCAGACAGACCACCUUAAAAACGUAAAAGGCAAAGUGUCGUCAAUAAAGGAAAGCCCUGAAAUUCUUUGUGUUAACGAGAAUACAAAAAAUUUCAGUUGGAUUUGGUACAAAGAGGACUUUGGAGGAGGAACAGCUCUGUCAGACACCCCAGAGAUGGACAGAGUUAAAUGCAAUCAGACAAACAUUAGCACGGUACACUAUAGGGACUCGUUGUGUCGGGGCACAGCCAUCUCAGACCUACCGGGGGUGAAGAACGUUCGUGAGAUGCAGAAGAACAUCAGCUCGUUUUCUUUACUGAAGUGCUAUUCAGUACAAAGAGGAGCAGCUAUAUCAGACCCCCCAGAGAUGGACAGAGUUAAACGCAACCAGCAACACAUUAGCAUGAUAAAGUACAAGGACUCGUUGUGUCGGUGCACAGCCAUCUCAGACCUACCGGAGGUGAAGAGGGUUCGUGAGAUGCAGAAGAACAUCAGCUCGGUGUUGUAUAAGGACAGUUCUGCCAAAGGAACGCCCCAGGUGUUCACUCCAGAGAUGGAGAGAGCGAAACGGAACCAAGAACAGAUUAGCUCGGUGCUGUACUCUGACAGCUUCCGUAAACAGGUGCAGGGCAAGGCUGCCUUUGUGCUGGACACACCUGAGAUGAGACGCGUCAAGGAGACCCAGCGCAACAUCUCUGGAGUGAAAUACCACCAGGACUUUGAGAAGAGUAAGGGCAGCUUCACUCCCACCACCUCUGACCCCGUGAUGGACCGCGUGAAGAAGAACACCCAGGAGUUCAGCGACAUCAACUACCGUGGCAUCCAGAGACGUGUGGUGGAGAUGGAGAAGAGACGCGUGGUGGAGCACGAACAGGAGACAGUCACCGAUCUGCGUGUAUGGCGCACCAACCCCGGCUCUGUGUUUGACUACGACCCUGCUGAGGACAACAUCCAGUCCAGGAGUCUGCACAUGAUGUCAGUCCAAGCCCAGCGUCGCAGCAAGGAGCACUCCCGCUCCACCAGCGCUAUGAGUGGUGUUGGCGAUGAGAAGUCUGAGGUGUCUGAGGACCCAGCCCACCACGUGUCCCUGUACAGCAACGGCUUUGCUACCACCUCCAUGGGUUACACACACACCAAGACCGUGGAGCUGCAGCAGAGGUCUUCCUCUGUAGCCACACAGCAGACCACCGUGUCCUCUGUCCCCUCCCACCCUUCCACCACCGGGAAAACUGUGCGUGCCAUGUAUGACUACUCCUCUGCCGACAUGGACGAGGUCUCCUUCAAGGAUGGUGAUGUUAUCGUAAACGUGCAGUCCAUCGACGAGGGCUGGAUGUACGGCACUGUGCAGCGCUCAGGGAAGACUGGCAUGCUGCCGGCCAAUUACGUUGAAGCAAUCUAAAGACAAGUCCCACCCACCCCUCCCCCCGGAGUGGGUGAGACACAUCCACCUGGCCACCAUCUACGGCUGAAUCUGUCGCUUCGUAAACCUGUUAUAUGUGUAGACGAUCGCUUAGAUUAGAUUUUUGUAGCUGUAGUAUACAUGCAAUUCUUGUUGAUGCCCGUUUCCCAAGGCCCUGUGGAUGUGACAUGAGAAGCUGAAAUGUAUAAAUACCUAUAUAGACUACUGUAGAAGAACAUUCAUCAUUUUCCAAGACCUUGUCUUGAAAGAACAAUAUGACGAAAAGCCCAUUAUUUUGUAAAUUGCAGACAGAACCUUAUUUAAUCAAUGUCGGUUAAAUAUUUUUGAAAAGCUUUACUGAAAGUUAAUUUUCACACAAAAACAGAUGAGCUUACAUGCGACGUAUAUGGACGAUAGGAAAGUGUAAUGUAUGGAGAGAAUAAAGUUGUUUAAUCACCUAAAACCACAAGGGGUUGAUGAAGAAAAGACGUAACCAGGGGUCUGUUCCUGAGGAUGUAACAUUACAGAACGUUCAGAUAAGAAUAUAGUGUAGAACAGAUAUGAUUGGCUAAUAGAGCGGACACGAUUCCCUAUUCUUAUUUCUAUCAGCGAGUUUCACCUCCCUGAAUACACCCGUUUGAGAAGCCUCUUCCCUCCUGAAGUAGCCGAAGGCUGGUCACUCAUUGCAUGUGUUUCGUUCCCUCGUCUGGGGGUAAAGGAAGUAAAAUACCUUCGAUCAGUAGAUAAUAAAACACCAACCUGCUGCACUA